CUCCAGGUAGAGUCGGGAAGACGUCUCUCGUCCUGCGGCUUCCUACUUGACCAAGCGCUUGAGCGUCGAUGGCGCUGUAGCAACGCUAUCGAUCUGGGACACAGCAGGCCAGGAACGCUUUCAUGCGCUUGGUCCUAUUUACUAUCGCGAUGCUGAUGGUGCAUUGCUAGUCUAUGACAUAAUGGAUAGAGAUAGCUUUACUCGUGUGAAGAAUUGGGUGAAGGAGCUCCGGAAGAUGGCGUCCAACAAGAACAUUGUCUUGACAAUUGCUGGCAACAAGAGCGAUAUGGACAAGUUGCGACAAGUUGAUCUCCAGGAUUCUGAGAGAUACGCUGCCUCGAUUGGAGCAAACCAUUUCGUGACCUCUGCAAAGCUAAACACUGGCAUAGACGAGGCCUUCAUGGACAUCGCGACACGUUGCCUGGAACAAAGAAGAAAAAGCACUGCCGCCUCGAGCAAUGGCAGCACGCCGGCUUUCUCUCAGAGAAAAAGCGUGGUCAUUGUGGAUGAUCAGCCCCCUCCCCCUCCUCCGUCGAGAUGUUGUUCUUGACACGGUAAAAUUGUUGGUUUGUACAAACAGGUCAGGCCAGUGUUUACAAAUUCCCAGGGAUUUUUUUUUCCA